GAUACUGUUACGGAUUUGGGCGUGAAACAGAGGAAGCGCCUCCCUUUCUCUGUCUUUCUCUUUUUCUCCGAAUUGGUUCGGCCACGCCCACAACCAAAGCCUCCAACUUCAAGGUUUCUCCGCAAACACCAACAACGAUUGCAGCUUCCCAGGGUGCCUUCUCAUUCUGCCUUCAUUAGGGCCAUGGCUACGAAGAGGGUGAUAACUAUAGUUCAAUCAGGUGGUGAGUUUGUGGCAGACAAAGAUGGAUCGUUGUCAUACAAUGGUGGGGAUGCUUAUGCAAUAGACAUUGAUCACCAGACAAAGUUAGCUGAUUUCAAGUCAGAGAUAGCGGAAAUGUUCAACUGCAAUGCAAACACCAUGAUUAUCAAGUACUUCCUACCUGGCAACAAUAGGACACUAAUCACAGUAUCAAAGGACAAGGAUUUGCAGCGCAUGGUCAGUUUUGCUGGGGAAGCUACAACCGUUGACGUGUUCGUUAUUUCGGAAGAAGGAGCGGCUCGAAAUACGUCCAACAUGCCUGCUAGUAGGUCAAGCAGGACAACGGCGUCAGAAGCUAUCGUCCCUUGUGUUGCCCUUGUCGAAGCCCCUGCCGAUGUCACACAACGCAUGGAUAACCUUGAGGUGGAUGUAGCUAUUGAAGCCAUUUCAUGUUCUCUUCCUUCUGGGGCCAUUGAAGAGAGGCAUCAUAAAGCUGCACUACAAUGGGAAAAUACCAUCACUGGAGUGGACCAGAGGUUUAAUAGUUUCAGCGAGUUCCGUGACGCAUUGCAUAAAUACUCUAUUGCUCAUGGGUUUGCUUACAAAUAUAAAAAGAAUGACAGUCAUCGUGUCACUGUCAAAUGUAAAUCCCAAGGCUGUCCAUGGAGGAUAUAUGCAUCAAAAUUGUCAACCACGCAAUUGAUUUGCAUUAAGAAAAUGAACUCAAAUCAUACUUGUGAAGGAUCUGCUGUUAAAGCUGGGUAUCGGGCAACUAGGGGUUGGGUAGGAAGUAUCAUCAAAGAGAAGUUGAAAGCGUCACCCAAUUACAAGCCAAAGGAUAUAGCAGAUGACAUAAAGCGGGAAUAUGGGAUUCAGUUAAAUUAUUCUCAAGCAUGGCGGGCGAAAGAGAUUGCUAGAGAGCAACUCCAAGGCUCCUAUAAAGAGGCAUAUACCCAGUUACCAUUAUUCUGCGAGAAGAUAAAAGAGAGCAAUCCAGGGAGCUUCGCUGCAUUUACGACUAAAGAGGACUCAAGUUUCCAUCGUCUGUUUGUAUCAUUUCAUGCCUCAAUAUCUGGUUUCCAGCAAGGCUGUCGCCCUCUUCUUUUCCUUGACCAAACUCCUUUAAAUUCGAAGUACCAAGGGGAAUUAUUGGCUGCAACAGCUGUGGAUGGGAACGAUGCCAUUUUUCCCGUAGCAUUUGCCGUUGUAGAUGCUGAGACAGAGGAUAACUGGCAUUGGUUUCUGCAAGAGCUGAAGUCAGCAAUAUCACCAUCUGAGGAGAUUACAUUUGUUGCACAUUUUGAGAAUGGUCUAAAAAAUUCAAUAGCUGAGGUAUUUGACAAAGGCCACCAUGGAUAUUGUUUACGCCACCUUGCUGACAAACUGAACAAGGAUUUGAAGGGACAAUUCUCUCAUGAGGCCAGACGAUUCUUGAUUAAUGAUUUCUAUUCUGCUGCUUAUGCACCCAAAUCGGAGACCUUUGAUCGUUGUGUUGAGAACAUAAAAGGUAUUUCUCCUGAAGCCUAUGAAUGGGUUGUACAAAGUCAGCCAGAGCACUGGGCCAAUGCAUACUUUAGUGGAAUAAGGUAUAAUCAUAUGACAUCAAAUGUUGGACAACAAUUCUACAGUUGGGUUUCCGAGGCACACGAGUUGCCAAUUACCCAAAUGAUUGAUGUAUUACGUGGUAAAAUGAUGGAAGCAAUUUGUGCACGAAGGGAGGAAUCUAACCAAUGGAUGACCAAAUUGACACCAUCCAAGGAGGAAAUGCUUCAAAAAGAAACAUCAGUUGCUCGUUCACUUCAAGUGUUGCUCUUACAAGGUAGCACAUAUGAGGUCCGCGGAGAAUCCGUUGAUACUGUUGAUAUGGAUCGUUUAGAUUGUAGCUGCAAGGGAUGGCAACUCAGUGGACUGCCUUGCUGUCAUGCAAUUGCUGUCUGUGAAUGUUCUGAUAGGAGCCCAUAUGAUUAUUGUUCUAGAUACUUUACUGUUGAGAAUUAUCGGCAAACGUACACAGAAUCGAUUCAUCCCCUGCCAGAUGAUUUUGAAAAACCAGUCGACGGUGAAUCGACCAUGAUAGUUACAGUGACCCCUCCACCAACUAAGCGGCCCCCGGGCCGGCCAAAAAUGAAGCAAGUUGAAACGAUAGACGUAAUCAAACGUCAGCUUCAGUGCGGCAAGUGCAAAGGACUUGGGCACAAUAGGAAGACAUGCAAAAAUGUAUAGCAUGGUAAUCAUCAUUGAAGUAAACUACACAUCCGAAUUGUUUAGAACCACGGUAGAGAAUUGGCCGAGGUAGAAACACAUUUUGUGGCUGUUCCGGAUUUGGUCGGAUUCUUUGUCACCAAAAUUCUUUUUUGUUGGUUAUCCAGUGAUUCUUGUAAUAUAACGAGGAUAUUAGUUAGUAGUUUUUCUGCUAUUUCUCAAAUGUUAUCUAGCAGACUAGAAAUAGAAGAGAACAGAUUAGUCCAUUUUGUUAUAUAAGGUAGACGCUAAAUUAUCACUUGGCACUUGGCAGUAUAGGUAUUCCCUUGUUCAUAUUCAGUACUUAAUAUAAAUUUAUUGACUCAAUAGAAUCUCCAUUUCACUAAA